UUAUAACGCCUGUUGCACACUCGAGGUUGCACAACUAUAACUGGAUAUGAUACAUUUGUCUACCUCUUGAAUGUAGUAUUUAAGCUUCAUUAAAUGUCAGAAAUCCAUAAUUUUAGUGUUUAUUAGUCUUAGGAAAUGGCUACGGCUAAACUAAUCGUUAAAACACGACGCUUAUAUUGGAAACAAACAGACGAGAUACUGAAAAAGAAAAUACGUUAAUUUGUUCUUUCAUUUGUUGCACUUUUACUAUCGAUAGUAACGAUAACCUUAUCGCAUGGUGGUGAUGUAAUUGCUAGAAUAUUUUUUAUUCAAUUAAACCCAGGAAAUAUGGGAUAUAAAAUGUAUAACUUAUAAAAAUCACGACACGCCUCAACGUUUAAAGGGACGAUUCUGUACAGUUGAGUAGGCAGUAUAAUGUAAACAGUAGGAUAACAACACUCUACAUAUUCUAACUUUAUUUCACAUUUUAAAUGGAAUUUGCCGUGAUUUUUCUAACAUUUUCAUUGACAUGGAUUUUAUCCCAGUCCACUGAAGAAAUAACAGACAUACUUACCACAGAUGCAUGUAAAAACAGUGGAAAACAACUAGUUUGUGAACCUGGUCGUAUUUUAAGAAUAAUUGAUGUAACAUGUCUACCUCACAACUAUACCUGUCCAGAGAAACCAAGAAUCCUUAGUAUAUGUGAUGGGCAGAACUCAUGCGAAACUGUCGGACUAAAAGAUCAGAUAUGGUCUUACUGUAAAGGUUUUACCCUUAAACAGAUGAUUAUAUCGUACAGAUGUGUUCGAGCUCUAUCACCACAUCCAUGCAGAACAAAUCUAUGCAGUGACGAGAGUGAAGGACUAUUCUGUAAGCCUGGAAAUGCAAUUCAUAUUAGAAAGGCCUUUUGUGUUAACCCUGAUACCGAAUGUAACUGGAAUAUACUACACACAUUGUACAUUCUUUGCGAAGGAAAAGUUGUAUGUUACGCGUCUGGAUUGAGAUUGUUUAUGCCUAAUUCCACAUGUCUUAAUAGUCUUCCAAGGAAUGCCAAUUUAUUAGUUGACUACAUAUGCAUACCAGAGACACUUUCAAACGAUUUAUGCACAGGACAGAUGUUGACAUUACCAAAUGCAUUUGGCAUUAUUAAAAGUCCUGGUUUUCCUAGCAAUCCUUAUGGAAACCCUAAAGGAUGUUUCUGGGCAAUUGUUCCAGGAAGAAAUCAAUUUGUGGAAGUAACAAUUCACGUUUUAUUCUCACGCGAUAGUGCAAGAUUUUUACAUAUAACAUAUACUGACUGUCCAACGCAAAAAGUGGAAAAGAAAGAUUAUUGUUGUCUUACGACUAAACCAAGCAUAGUACAGAAGUCUUGUGGUGCAUUGUACAUCCGACACAAUCAAUACCCUGCCGGGGAAGAACAUGGGAAUCGUUUUGUAAUAUCGUAUCAAGUAUUAAAAUAUAGACCUCUACGUCCAUCCUUUGCCCAUUAUGUGACACCAUGCUCAUCACUAUAUGCCACAUACAACCAAACAUCGGCGUAUACAACGAGAGGGGACAGAACAUUUCUAGUCAAUGGUGGUGGUACAUAUAAUAACACAGAUGAAGUGACGAUAUCUUCGUUUGACCCGGAAAGAUUUUAUAAUAUUUUCAAAAUAGUUGUAAUCAACUUUUUCCUGUUUGUUAUUGCGUUCUGGAUAGUAAUGGCAAUUUGUCUGGUUUGCUGUCGGUAUUGUACAUUAAGAAAAACUGGACAAUACAAAUUGGCUACACAGUCCGAUACAGACUCAGGACAUUCUGGACGUCGGACUGACCCAGGCGGGACGUCUAUGCAAACAUUUUCAGAGGGCAUUGAAGAAUCUCCCGAACGAGAAUCGUGUUUUAAUCAUAUAGAAAAACGAAACACACGAAUGUUUACAUCUGUGUCAUCAGAAGGACCGUAUACCGCCAUUGAUAAAUCUACAUAUAGUUCAAAUGAUAAUUCAGUGGCAAAUAAUAGAACAACAAGCUUCAGACCACCAAAAAUAAAAAAUCCUUACGCAUCAUAUGAUAGUUUAGACUUUGAAGAUGCAGAGGAAGGUACACAUACUCAUUCUAAUUCAAAUAUGCAAACUUCUACGAUAUCUGAGUUUCCUCCUCCUCCACCUCCAGAAUUAUUGGAAAAUGCUGGACCCCCUACUCCACCCCCACCGCUUAAAAAUCAGAAUAACGAAUAUUACCAUGAAGAGAACACUGCAUAUCAGAAUGGUGCUACUGAACAAGGAGUUCAGCAUUAUCAAAUUAAUGACGAUGACUAUGCUAUUGUGCAAAAACCUAAACGAAAACCUCAAAUAGUGCCAAAACCGAAACAAGCUCAUAAUCCAAUGUAUGAUCAUGUUCCUAGUGCCUCAAAUUCUCGGACUUCUCCAUGUGACCAUCACGUAUUAGAUACGCAUUCAAGUGAUGGACGACCACAGGAAACAAAAGGUCAAUCGCCUAAGAGACACCAAGUAGGUUACUUGCCACAACACAAUUGUAUACUCGAAUGUGAAGGCACGCAUCCACAUAACUUUCCCCCACCUGCUCAAAUGAAUAGACAACGCAUAAACGGAAAUGGCUACCCUUCAAAUGUUCCGUACAGUCCUGAAAGGACAGAUUAUUACUACUAGUCAUAUGUUUUACCUAUUUAUUCAUAAUCUUUUAUAUACA